GCCCUCCGCUUCCCUUCCGCCUGACGUCACGUGACUGGUACUAUUCCCGCUUCCGCCUUUUCUGCCGCCGCCGCUGCCUUCUUUUGCGCCGGCGCGACCUUUUCCCCCUUUCUCCUGAGCGACGACCCCGUAUUUUUACCGGGCGUUGCCGGGAUGGCGGGGCUGAGCUGUCGCUUCGUUUUGCGUUUCGGCCUCGCCAGCCUUCCCGUGCCGGCCGCUUCCCUGUAUCGGACCCUGCGGCCGCCCGACCCUCCGCCUUGGCCGGCGCUGAGACCACCAGUGCGCCAAUUCUCUGCAAAGGCAAAUUCCAAAACUAUAAUUUCUGCCCUGGCCUCAAAAGCCAAAUACAUAAAUGAGAAAUAUGAAAGAUAUCUGGAAAGGACAUUCCCACGUUUCUACAUGCUCUAUUCAACCUUUCUCAAAGGGGUUCGGGUAUUCUAUGCAGAGGUAAAAGAAAUAAGAAGAAUAAAGGUCAACAUGGCACAUAAAAAUAUCCAGUUUCACCAGCUUCCAUACAGGGAGAUGGAGAGACUAAGACAGUUUCGCAGAGAUCUGAUCAAGGCCAUUCCUAUUGGGAUUCUCUCACUUCCACCCUUUGCUAACUACCUGGUACUUUUGCUCAUGUAUCUGUUCCCAAGACAACUCUUGAUCCGUCACUUUUGGACUUCCAAACAACAAGUUGAGUUUCUUGAUGCAUAUCACAAUACAAGGAAGGAGGCAUAUGCUGAAGUGGUUGAAGACCUGAUGCACCUGUCUCGUUUCCUAGCCGAUCCACAGCUUCGAAAACGGAUGUUGCAUCUCUGCAGAAAGGUGCAAGAAGGAUCCCACCCAGAUGUAACAGAACUUAAAGCUGUGAGGACAUUAUUUGAAGGGCAUCCCUUUAGCAUCCAAACUCUCAAUGUUCAACAAACGGCAAUUUUAAGUCGUGUUCUGUUCCUGACGCCUCGCUUGCCGCCUUUCAUCUUAAGAUACCGCCUGCGGACUCACCUGUUAGAACUCUCCCACCUGGACCGAGCCAUGCUGAAACUGGGAGUGAGAGAGCUGUCGGAUGAGGAAGUACAAGUGGCUUGUUAUACCCGGGGCUUGAAUUCUGUCCAUUUCAGCCCAUUACAGUGCAGGCUGUGGCUUGAUCAGUGGCUGGAACUGUCUUGCUCACUGAAAGACACUGAAGCAUCCCUUUUGGCCCAUGGCAUGGUCUUACUUUCCACCAAUUACCUCUCUUCCUCCAAGGGCUGACGAAUGUGCAGUUCCCUCCUGGACCACUUAUGAAGAAAUGCUGUGACAGUGACUCUUGGGCUACAGCAAAGGGAGAAAAAAGGAAUGGAGGUUUUGUUUGCACCAAAGAGGAUGGCAGUAGUCCAGCAGGAGAGGUCAUUCCUCCUGUAGAGGCUAAUAAGUCUGUUCAGAGCACUGCACUGAGGAUGAGUGAAGUCUUUCGCUCUGACCUUCAGGGAGAAGAAACAACUGCAGGCAUCAUGGAGAUGUCUCCACAAGAAAUGCAGAUUCCACAGGACUUUCUGGUCUGGCUCAGCAGUGACAGGCUAAGCUCAAAUUCCAUGUUUGUUUUCAUUGCUUAUCUGCAGUGAGAAGGAGCUCUUGAAUGCAACCAAAAGGACUGAUUUCCUCAAAAAUUGGCACAACCUGAUUCUCUGGGGAAGAGCUUUUGUGCUGCCCCCCACCCAAUCCCCAUAAAUUAAGGAAAAGUUAAAGUGACAUGGGUGAUAACUCAGUGAUCCAUUCCUGAGUUGUCACAGUACGCUGCAAGAGCAUCAGCAAAGCUUGGUCAUUAGUAGUUUCCUUCAAAACACUAUACUGUUCUAUUUAAAAUCAUAAUAAGUGCUUAAACUGUGGUGCUUCUGCUGGACAGAUGAGUUGGCUUUCAGAGGGCAUUAUAAAAUGCAUUUUGGAGUUAUAGAGGGACUCAGGAUUCCAGCCUGUGGCUGCUACCUCUUGCAGAACAGGUUAUGUAUAAUACAGUUUCCCAAAAGCACUUCAUCCCAUUUCUGCAUUUCUAGGUCUUAAAUGCAACCAUAAAACUUAAAGGGAAGGUGUUGUUUAUCCAGCCCGAAGCAAAAACCCCUUGGUUAAAUAAAACUUUUUAAAACAACAAAAAAAAAACCCUUUAGAAUCUGGAAUUCUGGCCAAGGCUGCUUGAAUAUGGAUAGUUCUGCCCCACUUUUUUUAGUAAUUGAACACAAAUGCAGGAAACAUGUAUUGAAUUGAUUAUAUUGUUAUCUGUGAAUAUUUCAUUAAUGAUGGCCAAUAAACACAAUCUCUGGAACCAUCCUA